UUGCAAUGGAUCCGAGCGACUCAACCUGUGGAAGCCGAGAUGAACAGCUGAUCCUCCGCAGUGGAUAAAAGCAGAUCACCAUGGUCAUGAUUCCUCAUCUGACGCACUGCACUAUGUGAUUAGUUAUUGGAGAAGUAGACAAAAGGGAAACAACUAAAAGGAAAAGUAGAUUGGAGAGAGUGAUUUUAUAUCUUUUUUGGACCUGUUGCUCAUCAAACAGAGAGAUUGAGAGACUACCUGACGCUCGCUGCUCCAAGCUCACCGACCAUCAAUUAUGUUAUUGUCAAGUGUGCGUCUUUUUUUCACCUUUUCUCACCUGUUGGCGCCUCUGUUUCUCUGUUACCUGCCUCAAGUCUCCGCACAGAAGCCGGGCUCACGGUGGCUGAUCGGAGACAGGGACAAUCACUGUGGGGUCAUCUGCUCACGGACGCAGGGGAAGCCGGUGUGCGGCUCGGACGGGCGGAGCUAUGAGACCGGCUGUGAACUGCAGAGGGCGCGCUGCAAAGAUAAAACACUGACACUGGCUCACCGCGGACGGUGUCGAGGUAAAAACUGGGCGAAAAUCGAUCAGUUGCCGGUGCCUCCAGCACCGACUUCCACAUCUGAGACUAGAGUCGUGGAGCUCAAAGAUGCAGGUCAGUCCAAGUGUCGCGUUGAGAGGAACCAGGCUCUGGAACAAGCCAGGAGACCUCAGGAGUCCAUGUUUAUCCCAGAAUGCAACGAGGAUGGAACAUUUGCACAGGUCCAGUGCCAUACUCUGACAGGUUACUGCUGGUGUGUCACCAGUGACGGCAAGCCAGUGAGUGGCUCCUCUGUGCAUAACAGGACCCCGGUGUGUUCAGGAAACUUCCGUGAAUUUAUGGGAACUCAUGCUGGGACAAGUGGAUUGUCAGGGUCAGUAACCGAUAGACCACCCGGGGCACCGAACUCUGGUAGAAAAGUCUCCUUCCGUUUCUUUCUCACCCUCAACCCAGAUGAUGGCUCCAAGCCAACGCCCACCAUGGAGACUCACGUCCCCCCUGAGGGUGAUGAGAUAACUGCUCCAACGCUGUGGAUAAAACAGCUGGUUUAUAAGGAGAAUAAGCAGAACAGCUCCAGUUCCAGGAAGCAAGAGAAAGUUCCCUCUUGUGACCAGGAGCGACAGAGUGCACUGGACGAGGCUCGGCAGAAUCCUCGCGAGGCCAUUUUCAUCCCCGACUGUGGGCCCGGCGGCCUUUACAAAGCGGUCCAGUGCCACCAGUCCACAGGCUACUGCUGGUGUGUUCUGGUGGACACGGGACGGCCCAUUCCUGGAACCUCCACCAGGUACCAGACGCCCGAGUGUGACGGCGCUGCACGAUCUCGCGUCUCAGACAUUGAAGAUCCCUUCCAAGGCAGAGACCUGACAGGCUGCCCAGAGGGGAAGAAAGUGGAAUUCAUUACAAGCUUGUUAGAUGCCCUCACCACAGACAUGGUGCAAGCCAUAAACUCACCAGCCCCCUCUGGUGGUGGGAGGUUUGUUGAGCCUGAUCCCAGUCACACUUUAGAGGAGAGGGUGGUGCACUGGUACUUCGCCCAGCUGGAUAACAACGGCAGCCACGACAUCAACAAGAAGGAGCUCAAGCCGUUUAAGAGGUACCUGAAGAAGAAAGCCAAACCCAAGAAAUGCGCCCGCAAGUUCACCGACUACUGCGACCUGAAUAAGGACAGGGCCAUCUCCCUGCCGGAGCUGAAAGGCUGCCUGGGCGUCAGCAAGGAGGGUAGUUCAACGACAAGUGGCAACCAAGGGUCAAGGCAAGGGACUAAAUUGUUCAUAGGUCGUCUGGUGUGAGAAGAGAAGGAUCCAGAAGCUGAGACGAGAGCAGAGGGCACAGAGGGAAGGCAUCUGUACGCUUGCUGACAGGAAAGAGAAAGAUGGAGCAGAAAAAUUAACAAGUUCCUGAGUUUCAAAAAAAGUGAACAGAAAAAACAAGAAAAGAAAACGAAGCGGCGCCAAAAUAUUUGCACUUUCUCCUCCCUAUGUUUGACAUUUUAUCUGUUUGUACGCGUGUGUUUAUUUUUUCUCUUGAAGUGACUGAAAAGGUCUAGGUAAGAAUGAGAAUAUAUUUGUAAAAAGAUCACCACUGGAAGAUGUGUAUGCUACCACAUUUCCCCUUGUGUUUUAGUCCGCUGUUGUGAUUCGUUCUGUCCUCACGUAACAGGAACAGGCACUAACACACAUUUUGUGGCUAUUAAAUUAAACUUACAUUCCCCCUGUUACAUAUAGCAGCACGCAGGCCAGAGGUAACUCACUAAAGAGGAGCUUACAGUGAGUCCCAUUCAGCCCAAAUGUUGCUCGAUACUCAAAAGGAGGAGCUAUGGCAAUGUAGACCAAUUUAAACGAAUGUGUAAUGUUGUAUGUGAGCAUGCAAUAUUAAGUGAACGGCAUGUAUUAGAAUUAAACUGUGACCAUGAAGUCUAAUUCAGCAGCACAGAAUUAGCUGUAUGAAUCCCCUUGCACUGUACAGAACUGUCUAGAUACAUUAACAUAUUGGCUUAAGAAUCAGAUCUUUGUGAACAAUGUCGGAGACACGUUAUGUCGGUUAUUGUUCAGUACAUACCAGUGUUGGGGAACGCUAGCUGCUCACCACGCAGUUACUUAAAAGGUGUACUUUUUUUGUGCAACCCAAAACCAAUACAAGACCAUUAUGUUGUAUGUAGUUAUCUCAGUUAUCAGCAUUUUGUCUGUCAUUGUUUUUUUUACUUUUGUAUAAAGUUUGUGCUAACAAAAAACUAAAUAAUUAUAGAUGAGAAAAACAAAAUCACAAAAAUAACAUGUAAUUGUGAAAAAUUGUGUAGCAGCUGUCAGUAAUAACAAAGGUAUUAUGAGUACUUUUAAAGUCAUGCAUCAUCCCCCCCAACACUGGUACAGUACAUAUACACAGUCCUAGCAGUAGACUAACGCAGCUUAACACUGUAGCACACAGCAGGUAAAACAUUUCCACAUGCAUGUGGCAGUAUGAAGAAAUUAAAGCUGCAUUAAUUCAUUUUUGAGACACAACCCUGAAUUAUAAUUUCCUCAAGAGUUGCAUCUCGGGUUGGUUUUUCUCGGGCGAGUUUUGUAAUUUUAUUUAGCUAAUGUAGGGGUCUGCCUCCUCAAGAAUUCAACUUGGUAAUUAAUUAACCUGUAAAGCGCAAUUCAAAGUGUUUCUUGAAUAGGAACUGGCAUUAUUAUGCACGUUCUUGUUGCACCGAUUUCUGAUUAGUCUUUCACAAAACAGGGCAGUGACUAAAUGACAAUUUAGACUGUGUGUCCGUAUAGCGUUCUCUGACACAAAAUUGCUGGCAGGGUGCCGGGGAGAAAAAAAAAGCCUCCCUGGCAGCUUUCUGAAAAGUUCAGAGAUUUUCAACUAGAAGCACUCGGGAGCGACCACACAAAAAAGUCAGAGCGCUCGGAAAAAAAGACGCUGGGUGUAGCACCUUUUCUCUUCUUACGCUCCUUCCUCAUUGGGAAUAAUUGAAAAAGGCGUUGGCGCAAUCGGACUCUUUUUCAAAUAGAAUCGAACAGCUGUUCAAACCCUCUUUACAGCUUAUUGCUUAGCAAAGAUCCCAAGGUGAUUUAUUUUGUUUAAUUGAAGAAGAGUAGCCUAUAAAUUGUAAUGUUACAGUAAAAUUAUAUUUUCACAUUAAAGACUGUGGAUGUCAGCGGGACUCCCACACCCCCUGCGUGUGCUGCACACACACCUGCGCAACUAUAUCGCCAAUCGGCGGAUGUUGGGCUGACGGAACCCGGCUGGAAAACUUUAACAGAUCACUCAACCCUGGUUGCAUCGUUACAGAUGUAGCAACACAGAGCAACAUCCCAAGUCCAAUAUUUAGCUCCAAUUUUAGCUCUGUUUUUGGUCUCCACCAACUUUUUUGAGGGAAAUAUCUGGUUCUCACCAUGUUAACCAUAGUUGCUAACUUUGUCUGGUGUUUGGUGCUGAGCAGGUAGCAUAUAGUCCAUUUAUCAUAGCUUGUUUGCUGAAAACGGCUUUAUGAGGCCAAACUAUAUAGUUUAUGUGCCAUAAAAUCAACAAGUUCAGAAAAACUAAAAAAAAGUUGAGAAACUAAAAAGAGUUCUGUGACAAUCCUCUGAGGGUUUGCCUGUACGAGAAACUCCUUCCACAAUCCAUUGGAUUUAAUGUUUAUAUAUAAAACAUAUUGAUUAAUGCAGCUUUAAGUUCAAACCACAAUGAAGGCCAUUGGUUUACACAUAUCUUGUCUCACUCUGUUGUUCUGUGUGUAAUUUUAUGUCAAGUUACAAGUCAAUGUUAGUUGUAUUACUCUACUAAGUUAAUGUUAGUAUUCAUUUUCUACACAAUCAAACAGCUAAAGUGUAUUUCUAGUGUGUUAAUGGUGAAUUGCGCAUGUUUUUUAAAUUUUUCGCAAAGUGUUUGGUGAUCAUGGGUUCAUCGGGUUCUUCUGGCUACCUUUACAAAUUGCAAUAACAUGAACAAAUCUCUGACAAAGACCCCCUGGUGGGGAUUUUAUUUUUCCAAAACAGACUGCAGUCCAGAGAAUGACUUAUAUUCUUAUUAGUACCAGGAAAACGAGGUGGCACGGAUGAGUAAACCCAACCAGUAAAUGGAGUAAGAUGUUUACAGUACAUGGCUCAGUAUCCCGUUAAUAUCAGCCGUCAUAUUCACGUUUAUCCCAGUUAUUGUAAACAAGAUGUGGCAUUUACAAACGCCAGUUCCUAAAAUAAAUAUUUGAGUCUCCCCAGUAA